CAUCGGAAAGAAAGAUAGUACAGAUGAAAAAUAAGAAAUUAUUAUCUGUAUUGCAGUAUGUAGACACAUGGAGAUAGGAUCUACCUUCAUUCUUUUCCAGCUCCAGGAAGAUUCUAGAUAGUAUUUUGGAUUGGUUCUUUCUUUUAUUUAUAUUAGCUGGGUAGACUAGAGGAAAUCUUAGGGCAACUGGAGCCCUGUGGUAAAUUAACUGAAGUAGAUGCAGAUAGAUGAUCUGUGAAUUUCCUAUCUCUGAAUUAUGUUCCUGGCAUUACAAGCAAGAGAGGAUGCUGAAGGUAGCUCUUCUGAACAUCAAAGGUGCAGAUAAAGUUUAUUGUUCUGUGAGAUACUUUAGCUGGAUGUAGAGCUGCUUCUUAAAGAUUAGGCCAGCUUAAUUAAACACACAUGCACAUUAGGCACUUAAAUCUAAAGCUUUUGCUGCCUUUAUGCUUUGCAUUUGGUUGAUGCUGAAAGCUUGUUUCAUGUUUUAUUAGUGUGUUCAUGCAGCUAAGGUUUAUCCAAGUUUAUUUUCUCUGAAGGAAAAUAUAUGUACACUGGAGCCCAGAACUAUUCAUCCUAUUUUGGAUGCUGUGUUACCUCCUUGCUGACUGGCAGGGGCAAGAAGGGCUAUAGAUAUUAUCAUUCUGUAGAAUGAAUGGAUCGGGUAUGUUCAUUUUUGCAAUGGGACAAGAAGUGUCAUCCAACCCUGUUGUUUUUUUUUUAGUGCUCAAAGGUGACAUAAAAGCUGGAUGCCAGGGAGGAAUAUCCAUUUGCAGAGGGGGAAGAAACCAGCCCUGCACUCCUCUGUGAUUGGGACUGACUGUGUUGUUGCUGGGUGGAACAGUGUAAUGCUGUUGCUGCUCCAGCACCGUGAUGUUUCUGUUCCAGAUUGUGCUGACUCACAAUCAAGAAAACAUGACACACAGACACAAUGCACUGUAACUCUUUUCCUUUCCCCCAGUAACCUCGAAACUUUCUGUAAUUCAUGCAAUAAAUGGCUGAGACAGUAGGUGUAACACCAAGAGAUGAAGAGGAGAUCCAAAAUAACAAUGAGGACCCAUUUCUGAAUCGUGAUGCUUUAACAACAUCCUCUGGUUGCUCUGCCAGCUCUUUGUCAGCCAGCCUUAAUGAAGACAAGGGAAGCUCAGCAGUGCCCGAAAGAUUGUCCAUCCUCUCCAGCAAGGCCAUGGCCCACGUGACACAGGCAGGGAGCAAUGUUGAGGGCAAUACAGCCCCUUGUAGUCCGAGCCAAGCGAUUUGGAUGAAGACUGCAAAGGUAAUGGAGACCUUAGAAAAUAGGAAAAAGGAGGAAAAGGAGAAGUACCGUCUCCAGCUAGCCAUGUACCGACGGCUUCUGCUGCUGCGUUCCAUCAGAAGCUUGCACAAGCAGUUGGAGCAGCAGCAGGCCAGAUUGCAGGAGUGCUAUGGCACAGUAAUAAAUACCAAGAAAGAAGUGUUGAAACACAUUCGCUCAACCUCGACCUCACCUUCGCCAUAAUCGUGUUGCUGCAUGCAGAAAUGAGCUUUGUAAUGCCACCGGAGCCAUCAGUGAACUGCUUGCAUGCCAUAGGGGUGGUGUCCUAAUAACCAAGAGUACGUGCCCACAUGUGCUGAGAGCACAGAGGGAACAGCAGCAGAGGCAGAGCAAGAAGAAUUAGGAAGGUAAAGUGUUGGCUCCUGAAUUUAUCUGAAGGAAACCAGAGCAAGAUUGUACCUGUGCAAGAGCUGCCUCUUGGUGCGCAUUCAAAGCUUCAAGCUGAAAUAGGGUGUUUGGAUUAUAGGUUUGUUAAAAAAAAAAAAAAAAAAAAGAAACUGGGAACCUAGUCUGAGACCUGAUCUGUAAAUGUGGUCAGAUGCAAGAGUUACUGCCUGCUGAAUAUGUGAUAUGGCACAUCUACCUUCUGCUUUCAGAGCUAACAAAACUUGAGCAAAAUCAGAGUUUGUCCCCCAAGAAUACCUGAAUCUAGAAAACCAGGAUAUUUGAAACACUUGGGCUCAGGCUUUAUUAUGUCUAACUAGCUGCCUCUUUCACGAAACUGCUGAGGCUAUUGUACCUUUGUGACCUCUGCCUUCCUGUAAAAUGUAUUCAGAUUGACCAGAAAUUAUUGUGGGAAGGUAGGAGAGUUAAACCUGUGCACAGGGAGACAGUGCAACUGCCUAAGCCUUAUUUCCUUAGGAAAGCAAGCUAAAAAGAAAGGCCUUAUAAUCUGGUAUUACAUUGGAAACCAAGACUGGCCGUGCCAGGGGAAUGUUUGAGGUCUGCACAAUUAUUAAACUGCUGCUAACUCCCAGAAGCACUAGUGUCUGCAAAUCAAGCAUAUUUUGUGCCUUACUGCUGUCAUUUAAUGGAAGUUGGUGACAAUUAGCACUUUUUAUCCAGGUGUAUUAGACACGCGGAAAACCCUAGAGCACUGUGUCUCCAAUUGCAAGGUUAGGAUGCCUGCAGGGAAUUUGAUGUCAGUAUGCAACAAACACACAAAGAAAAUGAAAGCAAAAAGAUGCAACUUUUUUGUAUGCCUUUAAAAGGCAAUGUGAGUCCCUAUUAUUGAACAGGAAAUUGAAUAGUUGAAUGUGCUGUUUUAGGAUCUGAAGCAAAAAAAUAAUUCACAAAGAAAAGAUUCUGAAAAGCUUCCUUUUCUAGGAUUUAGAGGGAUAUGUAAAAAUCUGAUUUUCUUCAUAUAUUUAUCUCCGAUAGCGCCACCCUUCCUUUGCCCCUGUUGUUUUUUGUUGUAAAUGUUUAGGUACAUGAACAAUCAAACUGGUUUUUGGUGUGUUUUUUCUUUAUGAAAAACUAAGCCUGUUAUUAGAAGUUAUAUGUUUCUGAGAAAAAUGUGUUCUAGAAAGGAAACCUUUUAUCCUCAGCUUUUUUUGUGCAUGUACAGAGGGUGUGUGUUUGUGUAUGUAUGCACACACACAUCCCUUUAUACAAGAGGUUAUGAAAGGCUGAUUCUUCUUUUUCUGUUGCAGAAGCCAGGAAAAAAAUCUCAAAAUAAUCUCUGCUGUCUGCAAGGAGUUUGGUUGAUUAGAUUCACAUGCACACAUCUGUGAGCAAGGUAUUGAAGUAAUUCAACAAUUGAAGUGCAGCACAACAUUGUCAUUAUUCCAUCUUUAUAUUUCUGCGCACCCAAAAUUAUGGCAGUCCGCUGGGUAUGCACAACCUUAGAUGGGUUCAUUCAUCUCCUUGGGCCCUGGUGUAGCCUCACAUGCAGCAUGAGCCUGUAACUUUGCAUGCAGAAUUACCAUAGAAACAUCCUUGGCCUCAAGGAGAUAUUUGAAGAAGCAUCCUCUGCUGCCUCAUUUGGGGGAUGUGGGUUGCCAGGGGCCUUUAGUGGGCUGUAGAAGAGAGCCGGGGAUCGCAUGUGGCCAGGAGACAUUACUCCUGAGAUCUGAUCCCAUCCAGCACUCCACUCAGACUUGGGAAAGCUGUUCCCUGUCAGUAAUGCAGGUUUCCCAAAGAAGGCUUAAUUCCUAAACUUACCUCGAAAGUAACCUUUUCUGUCUUAAUAUACCUGCCAAGAAGGAAGGUGGGUUGUGGCCAAUAGGGCCAUGCAAGGAUUUGAUUAUUUUUCUUAUUUUUUUGUACUUCGUGAAGUAGGAAAGCCUUUUUGUCAUUGGUUAAGAGUAAAUGUUCAAUUAAACCAAAUGCAAGCACGUUGUCUCUCUUGGGGAAAGAAGUGUUGGAGAAGGGACACAUCUCAAAAAUUUUGAAAUCGAAUGUAAAAUUAUUUCAGUCAAAAUGUAUACUCUUGUUGAUUUCAGCCAACAUUUUUUGUUUGAAAAAUAAUUAUCUAUCUUCUAAAUUAAAUUCAGUUUGAUUGGUACUAUUAUGUCAUUGAAUUUUCCACUGAAAUGAAAUAUAGGCACAAAAAAGAUUUUAAAAAAGGCCUGGUAAGACAAAGUAGCUUUUUUGCCUUGGUAGCUGCUGGAGUAUUGUCCUGGAUUUGUUGCAAGAAGUGGAAUGCCCUCCAUUACUGCACAGAGCUACCUGUAGUGUAAAAUUUGCAUUUAAAGGUGACUAGAAUAACAAAAAAUAGUUCUCACAUAAUACACAGUGCAGCAAUAGUUGAGUUUUCAGCCUGUCCAACUGCAAGUGCUUUGUGGCAGAAUUGUGACAAUGUUUGUUUUGUACAGCAAACACUUAAUAAAAUUUCUUGAUCCCAAUUGACAUCAGUAGAUACUUCUGGACUAUGAGUAUUAAAUACCAAAAGAUUUGUGCAUGAGCAAUGCUGUCUGAUAGUUGGCAAGAAAAUGAAGUCAAGAGUUGUUCUGUGUAUGUUCACACUCUUUUCAUGUAGCACUUUUAUGGAUACAUGCAAAAUAAAUGUUAACUGAGGAAAUAA